AAAAGGGGUUCAGUCUUUCCUGAGCCACUUUGGAGGGUCUAAAGUUUUGAGCUGAUAAACAUCUUCCCUUUAUGUGAAUUAAAGCUUGGAACGUUCAUUCAUAAUAUGAAGAUGCUGCUGACUUUGUUCCUCUUCCUUAUUGGGAGUCAAACUUCAGUAACUCAGAUGCCUGCCCCUACAUCUGCAGAUAUUGUCCUUUUGGUUGACAGCUCUAAUAGCCUGGGAAACAAGGCAUUCCCCUCUAUGAAGUCUUUUAUUAGCAAAAUGAUCAGUCAUCUAACAGCAACUCUUAACCAAUAUCGUAUCGCACUUGCCCAGUACAGUGAUGAUUUGCACGUUGAAUUUCUGCUGGACACCUAUACAGCAAAGAACCCAAUGCUGAAUUGUAAAAAAAAUGUUGUAUUCAAGGGUGGUUCAGUAAAAACUGGCAAUGCCCUUCAAAAAGUUCACAGGACCUAUUUCAAAGGACCAGCUAGUGGAAGAGACAAAGAACAAAUUCUGGUAGUCUUGACUUCAGGGGCAUCAGAGGAUGAUGUAGUAGAACUUGCCAAGCUCUUGAAAAGUGACGGGGUAAAAAUCAUAGCCGUGGGGAUUCAGGAUGUUUCUCCUCAAGAACUGCAGUCAAUGGCUACACCUCAAUUUUCUUAUAAGUUUCACACAGUGAGGGAUCUCAGUAUGUCUUCUCAAAACCUGACCAAGAUAAUUGAGGACGUUAUUCAAACAGAUAUUAAACGCAUAAUACCAACAGAUAUAAUUGCAAGUGCUCCUGAGAGAGAAGUUUGUAAGAGUGAUUCCGUUGCUGAUGUUGUGUUCAUAGUAGAUGAGGGUGUUUCAAAACCAAAAGCUGAAGAUAUUAAAAAGUUCCUGCAAGAUACAGUCUCCUUUCUUGAUGUGAAAAAGAAUUGUACAAAGAUUGGCCUAGUGACAUACAGCAGUGAGUCACACGUGUUAUCUUUAUUGAGUGAAGAAACAAACAAAACUGCUAUUCUGCAGAAAAUACAGGGCUUUUCUCCGAGGGAAGGGAAGGCCAACACCGGUGCUGCCAUUAAGGCUACAAGGCAAAGAGUCUUCUCUGGAAGCAGAAAGGCCCAAGGGAUAGAGCAAAUAGCCAUUCUGAUCACGCACAGACCCUCUGAAGACAACGUAAGUGAGGCAGCUCAUGAUCUUCGGAGAGCUGGUGUGACUGUAUUCACCAAAGGCAUUGAAAAUGCUGAUUACACCCAGUUAACCCAGAUAGCAUCAUAUCCUCAACAGCAAUAUGUUACUAAGCUGACGGCAUUUUCUGACCUGCCAAAAGAAGCCAGAACUUUACAAAAGAAACUCUUGAAUCAAAUUCAGGACAAGCUGUAUGUCCAGUCUGAAAGAAGAGAACUACUUAAAGCAGGAUGUGUGGACACAGAGGAAGCUGAUAUUUAUGUCCUCAUUGAUGGCUCAACAAGCAUUGAUCCUGCUCCCUUCGGAGAUAUCAAAACAUUUUUGAAGGAAGUGAUUAAGAUGUUUAACAUAGGGCCGAAUAAAGUUCGCUUUGGAGCUGUGCAGUUCUCACAUGACAAAAGACUGGAGUUUGAACUUGAUGAAUACAGCAAAACAAAUGAUUUAGAGACGGCCUUUGACAACAUUAGGCAAAUAUACGGGGAUACCUAUAUUGGAGAAGCGUUGACUUUCAUACAGCCACUGUUUAAAAGGGCAAGGGAGCAGAGAGCUGGCAGGGUGCCUUGUUACGUCAUUGUCCUAACAGAUGGGGUGUCACAUGACAGUGUGAAGGAGCCUGCUGAGAGACUGAGGAAUGAGAAAGUUUAUAUUUAUGCCAUUGGUGUAAAAGGUGCAAAUGAAGCACAGCUCCAUGAGAUUGCAGGGUCAGAGAGCAGGACUUUCUUUGUGCAAGAGUUUGAUUCCUUGAAAAAGAUAAAAAAUGAAAUUGUUCAAGGGAUCUAUUCUGGAGAAGCCUGCAAAGAAAUGACAGCUGACAUCAUGUUUCUAGUGGACAGCUCUGGAAGCAUAGGACCAGAGAACUUUUUGAAAAUGAAAAACUUUAUGAGAGAACUGGUGAACAAAUCUGACAUCAGCACAGACCGAGUGCAGGUUGGGGUCGUCCAGUUCAGUGGCACACAACACGAAGAGUUCCAGCUUGACCGAUACUCUUCAAAAAGUGACAUUUUCAGUGCUAUUGCUAGAAUGUCUCUUAUAGGGGAAAAUACACUAACAGGAGGCGCUUUGACAUUUGUAGCUGAUUAUUUCAAGCCUCCCAAAGGUGCACGUCCCACUGUCAAAAAGAUUCUUAUCCUGAUUACAGAUGGGGAAGCGCAGGAUGAAGUAAAAGGUCCAGCAAAAGCCUUACGUGAUCAAGGUGUUAUUAUCUACUCUGUUGGGGUGUUUAAUGCAAAUAAAACUCAGCUGGAAGAGAUUAGUGGGAAGCGUGAGCUGGUUUUUUACGUUGAGAAGUUUGAUAUUCUGAAGCACAUAGAAGAUGAGAUCAUCUUUGGAAUAUGCACACCUCAUGAGAAAUGCAAAAGGAUAGAAAGAUUAGAUGUUGUGUUUGUGAUAGAUGGAUCUGGGAGCAUAAAUUCCUUAGAAUACCAGACCAUGAAAAAAUUCAUGAUUGACUUGGUGAAAAAAUCUGAUGUCGCUCCAGAUAGAGUUCAGUUUGGAGCUGUAAAAUAUUCUGAUGAACCAGAAACGUUUUUCUACCUUAAUACAUACGCAACAAAAUCCGAGAUUGUUGAGGCUAUCCAGAAUGACAUAACUAAAGGAGGUUCAACGUACACAGCCAAGGCAGUUGGCUAUUCGGAAGCUCUGUUUGCUCAGGAGCAUGGAGGCCGCAAGAGCAGGGGAGUUCCACAGAUUCUUAUAGUGAUAACAGACGGUGACUCCCAAGAUGCAGCACAGCUCGGUGACACAGCCAAGAGAUUAAGAGACAAUGGAAUUAUUAUCUAUGCUGUUGGGAUAGAAGGAGCAAAACCUGAUGAGCUUUUGGCCAUGGCUGGAUCAAAAGACAAAUAUUACUAUGUGAAUACAUUUGAAGGACUCAAAAACACAUCUGUAGCAAUAUCAGAAAAAAUAUGUGAUGAUUCAAAACCAGAGUGUGAAAUUCAAGCAGACCUUGUUUUCUUGAUUGAUGGUUCCAAUAGUAUAAAGGCAGAUUCCUUCAGCCUGGUGAAGUCUUUCUUGAAAGUUAUAAUAGAUCAGAUUCAUUAUGAUCGCAAUGUUCAAAUUGGCAUUGCCCAGUACAGUGACAGGUAUAAAAGAGAAUUCAGCCUGGGUGCUUUUCAGAACAAAUCAGAACUUAACAUUCAAAUUCAGAACAUUAAGCAGAUGAAAGGAAAUAGAACUUUCAUUGGAGGCGCACUUAAGCGGGUGAAGGAAUUCUUUGCACCAGCAUGCAGCAGAAGAGCGACAAGAAACGUCCAACCAGUUUUGCUGGUAGUCACUGACGGGAAGUCACGUGAUGAUGUUGCUGAACCAGCAGAAGAUCUGAGGAGGGAAGGUGUUAAUAUAUAUGCUAUAGGAGUUGGGAAUAUUAGUCACGUGCAGCUCACGCAAAUAGCUGGCGUCCCGGAAAGGAAGUACACUGUUAAUGAUUCCACUGAGCUGAAGAUUAUUAAAAAAAGACUAGUUGGUGACCUAUGCAAACCUGAUAUUCCUAUAACUUGUUUUGUGGACAUUGUUAUGGGAUUUGACAUCUCUUCACAAAAGAGAGGUGGCCAUUUAUUCCAUGGACAGUCCCAGCUGGAAGCAUAUCUUCCUGACAUUCUAAAAGCCCUCACAUCCCUAAGCAGUCUGAGUUGCAAUGUGGGGACAAAGACACAGAGCACUGUGGCAGUUUACCUGAACAACACCGUUACACCUAUGUUCCAAUUUGAAAGUGAGAAAAUAUGGAAAAACCUGAGCAAGAUCCUGAUCGACAAACCAUCUCGUCUCAAUGGCAACUUCCUGGAGUCACUCUGGAAAACGUUUCCUAGCAAACCUGAUGAUCAAAAUCGAAGGAAGGUUUUACUUGUAUUUUCAGAUGGUUUGGAUGAAGAUGUAGAAGAACUUGAACAAAAGUCAGAAGAACUCAGAAAAAAAGGAUUGGAUGCACUGAUAACCGUUGUUCUGGAAGGAGCUUCCAAAUUUAAUGAGCUUCAGUACAUUGAGUUUGGAAAGGGAUUCGACUACAUGACUCAAUUAACUAUUGGCAUGAGAAAUAUCGCCAAAGCACUGUCCAAGUAUGUGACUAGCGUUGCUGAAAGGAUGUGCUGUGCUGUUUUUUGCAAGUGCAUUGGGGAGGAAGGUGGAAUUGGACGCCAAGGGAAAGGAGGAGCUAAAGGAUCUAAAGGUAUAAAAGGCAGUCGAGGACACUUAGGAGAAGAGGGAGAGCCGGGUUCAAGAGGACUGCCUGGACCAAUGGGAGAGCCAGGGAAUAAGGGAUGUGAUGGUAGUACAGGUCCUAAAGGAUUCCAAGGAAUAUCUGGUGAAAAGGGAGACGACGGGGACAACGGGAUUGAUGGAAUUAAUGGAGAGCAGGGAUCACUUGGGUAUCCAGGAAAGAUCGGAGAAAAGGGUGACCCAGGCUACAUGGGCAGUCCAGGGCCAAGAGGACUCCCUGGUGAGCGUGGUGAGAGGGGCUUACGAGGAGAUCAAGGUAACCCUGGAUUGGACAAUGACAUAAAAGGGUCCAUGGGUUCAAAAGGAGAACAGGGAAGACAGGGUGAAAGAGGACCAAUGGGCCCACCAGGGUCACCAGGCUCUCUGAGAACCACAGGAACAAAAGGUCGAAGAGGAAUACCAGGUCCACAGGGGGAGAAAGGAGCUCCUGGUUUGACGGGCUUUCCAGGAGAACCAGGAUUUCCAGGAUCCCAGGGAGAAAGAAGAAUUGCAGGUGUCAAAGGAGAGAAAGGAAGUGAAGGAAAUAAAGGUCUUCAGGGUGAACUGGGAGCUGCAGGUCCAAAAGGGAGUCCUGGUAGUCCUGGAAUGAGAGGAAAUAAAGGAGAAUAUGGUGAUCCUGGAGCGACGGGACCAAGAGGGCCACCAGGUCAACGGGGAAUUCAGGGAGAAGAUGGUGCUGCUGGUUAUGGUGGACCAGGAAAGAAAGGAGCAAAGGGACAAGGAGGAUUCACGGGAGAUAUUGGACAGAAGGGUGAAAUUGGAGAAACAGGAUUUCCAGGAGAACUUGGACCAAUAGGAAUCAAAGGACAAAGGGGUCCUCCAGGUCCUCCUGGUCCAGAGGGAUUUCCAGGGGACAAGGGAUUUCCAGGACCCAGGGGCGCUAAAGGAACAAUGGGACUGCGCCCUCCUCCCCCAUGUGAAGUCAUUGACUAUGUGCGUAGACACAGCCAAAAACCGGAAUGCCCAGUAUAUCCAACGGAACUAGUGUUUGCUUUGGACAUAUCCCAGGAUGUCACAUCCCAGUUAUUUGAAAGAAUGAGAGAGAUUGUAAUAUCAGUAGUGAAUGCCACCAAAAUUAGAGACAGCAACUGCCCAGUGGGAGCUAGAGUCGCUGUUGUGUCCUACAAUUCCAACACUCAUUAUCUGAUCCGCUUCUCCGAGUUCUACAACAAGAAUCAGCUCCUCAACAAACUUAAUAAUCUGGCUUAUGGGAGAUCCUCAAGCGAACGGGAUAUUGCCAGAGCAAUGGGAUUCGUUGCCAGGAAUGUUUUCAAGCGAACUCGCCAAGGUCCUAAUGUGAGAAAAGUAGCCGUGUUUUUCAGCAAUGGGCCGUCUGCAGAUGAAUUUUCUAUUAAUACGGCAGUUCUGGAGUACACUGCAUUUGAUAUUGUUCCAGUAGUUAUCGCUUUUAAUGAUGUUCCCCUCCUCAGUCGUGCUUUUGCGAUGGACGAUACUGGAUUCUUCCAGAUAAUAAAUAUUAAUCAAGAGGAUGACUAUGAGCCAUUCUUAGAAACAUUUCGGCGCUGCACUCUUUGUUAUGACAAAUGUAAACCAGUCGAGUUUUGUGAACGCCGCAGAUUCCGAUCACCACCGGCAUAUGUGGAUGCUGCUUUCGUUUUGGAUAGUUCACAGAAAAUGAGUGGUACCGAAUUUGAGAACGUGAAAAACUUCUUGAGCAGAGUACUUGAUAACUUUGACAUUUCCUCUGAGCCAGAGACUUCUUCCACAGGUGAUAGGGUGGCUGUGGUGAGCCAUGCUCCACCAGGUUUCAAACCCCACUUAGAGAGGAGCCCCAUAAAGAAAGAGUUUGACUUUGUCACCUACAAGAAGAGACCGUUAAUGAAAAGACAUAUCCAAGAAUCUGUUCGACAGCUGAAUGGAGCAGCUGCUCUUGGCCAUGCCAUACAGUGGACAAUUGAUAAUGUUUUCUUAACUGCACCCCACUCCAGACAACACAAGGCUUUUAUUGUUAUAUCUGCUGGAGAAACAAGUCAGUGGGACAAAGACACAUUAAAGGAGGCAUCUCUGAGAGCCAAGUGCCAAGGAUAUGCUCUGUUUGUAAUUUCAUUAGGACAUGUAUAUAACGACAUGGAAUUGGAAGAGAUGGCUAGUAUUCCCCUGGAACAUCAUUUGAUUCAGCUGGGCAGAGUUCAUAAGCCUGAACUUGAAUACGUAGUGAGGUUUAUGAAACCAUUUGUGCAUCUCCUCAGGCGUGCAAGCAACAACUAUCCACCAGUAGAGCUCAGGAGAAUUUGUACCAGAGCUCGCUCUCAGAAACCAGAAUAUGCACUAAGGGGCCAACAUGUUGCUAUCCUAGAUGAGGAUUGGUCAGGAGGUGAUGCCAGAGCUGAAGCUGAAUACGCUGUUUCUGGGCAUGCAACACUAAUGUUCCAGGAUGACAUAAGCAAUGGUCCUCUAAACACCAACGGUUUUGCCAGCAGUACAUAUCAAUCCUUGGUAACUACCGACAUAAUGGAGAAUGCUACCAAAACACACGGAAGGAAAGAUAACAUGCGUGAUGUCUGAUGUAAGGAAAGGAAGGGGGAUGUCUGCUUAAACCUCACUGAGCAGGAUGGACAGUUUAACCUUUGGAACCCUAUGGAUGACUUCACACUUCCUUAGAAAAUUGAGCUGAGGGAAAGGAGCCAAAUAUACCAGCUCUUCUCGGUCUCCUCCUCCUCCUCUUCCUGCCAUCAACCUAACCUCUUCUCUGCCCUCUGUAGACUCACUGAUUCAGCACCAGCAUGACAGGAAGAGGGCUCCUACACAAGCAGGCAGAAUUUCCUGUUGCCACUUACCUUCUCCGUCAGUUAGCUGCCAAACACAGAGCUGUUUCAAGGCUCCAGGCCCAUUCUAAGCUACCUUCUGCUACACGUGAUCCUCUUAGUCGACCUCCUGUGGCUGUUUCCCAACAUGAGGUGGGACAGCCUCUUAUGUGGUUCAACCGUGGCCUCCUCUUACCCCAAACCCAAAUAUUCUCACUGAAACAAGCACCCUCAGUAAAAUCUUAAGACCUGUUCCACCUGAACUGUUGUAACCCUUCAGAAUGAACUAAUAUUGAGGAUGUGAACACGAUUGUGUUCAAAUAAUACUAAGCAAGAAUGCCUACGCUCAUGUAUUAUAAACACAAUUAGGAAUUUGGUUGGAUCUGCAGCCACUACAGUUUAUUGGUCAUCCGCACAUUCUGUUCUCAGAAUGCUGCGAAGGGAGCGGCAUACAAAGGCUCAUGGAUAAAUAUUAUGGCAGUUAGAAGAAGUGGAAAUAAAAAUAGUCUUGUAAAAUAUCUAGCAAAUUUGAAAAGCAAAUGGCUAGCAUUCACUACUGCUUUCCAGCUCCCUUCACUACAAUGCUUAGCACUUACACAGCACGUUUCAUCUGCGGGCCUAAAAUGUUCUACAGGAGCAAAGUCUGUGAUCUCCUGUUAAUGGAUGGGGAAACAGCCUGAAGAGGUUAAGGCUCCCACUUUCAAACUUGGCUGCCUGAAGUUAAGCACAUAAAUAAGUGACCUAAUUUUCAGAGGUACUGCGUAGCCACUGCUCUGAUUGACGUGUUUCUGAAAUAUUUUUGUUUCCUUUAUGGCCCUUGCAUAUCCUUUGAAAAUAGCUGUAGAGAUUUCCUUGGAGUGUAGUGUCAGGUACUGUUGUGAUGGGGAUUGAAUGGAUGCUCAUUUGCAACUGCAUCUCUACUAUGUAGCACACAUGCAUCAUCUUUCUCUGAACAUAUUAGUUUUAUAGACUCCUUUGUUGUGUAGCGCUUGUUCACAUCCUCAGACAUCUCCUCCUCCCCUAUCCCCAUGAUGGAUUUAGUCCAUUGGUUUUGUUCUCAGGUGGAAAGCCUACCCAUAAUUCCACAUUUCUACCAACUGCAGAAGCAGUGUAUGCAGUUUGGAGGCUGGGGGGAUUGGGCUCGGUCUGAGGAAGAAGUGAGGGCACUAAUAGAGCCACUGCAUCUGGCCAUCUUGCCGCUCCUCCCAGCAGAGGAAAGACUGGCUCCAUCAGCUGGCUAGAGAUUUGUUCCCAUCCUGGCCCUUUUUGAGAGGCACCAUAGCACGUGCUCAGACUGUGGCUAGAACCAAGAUUUGGCAAUCACUCACUGUUUUGAAAAGAUAUACUCUACCUUAAUACAAUGCUUAUAGGAAAAAGAAAAGCAAUUGUAUUGAAAACAAGGCUUUUUAAUCCUCUGUAUGGACAGUCUCAUCCUAAAGAGAAGGCCGUUUUUGUUUUAUAGAUGGCUGGAACCAAAGCGUUUUAAACAAUGAAAUGGUUAAAUAUGGCACUGGGCUGAAGAAACUAACUAUGCUGCAUGGUUCUGACCUAUAAAAAUUCCCGACUCUGCCUCCUACAAUGGUUUAUUGGUGGAAAUCAUGGAAGAAAUGUGGACAUGAUCUGUGAGAUACAGAAUCAUUUUAUUCCUUUAAGAAAUGGACAAGACUGUAUUUUAAAAAACUUGAAUAUCUCUAUCCCUAUGCAUGUAGGGUCUGCUCCUGUAUAGUACUGAACAUGCUCAACUCCCAUUCACUUCAGAGGGAGGUGAGGGCACUUGGAAAUUAACAGGGUCAGGCCCUUAAGGAACUGUCUAGUCUCCAGGUCAGUUGUGCUUUGUUGGAGUUGACUGGCAAGAACUGAGGCAUGAAUGUGUGUGUAACACUCUCCUCUUUCAAUGAGUAAACUGCAGUGCAAAUUCUUUUCAGUGAAACUUUACUUUCCAUAGUCCUUCUACAGGUGUAUGUUGUAUUGUGUAAAGAUAGGAAGAAGGCUUAUUAGUCACUGCUGUGCUUUUCCAGAUAGAGUAACUAUGCAAUUGGUGACUAAAUUACCUUUUAGACCAAGGAGAACUCUAAAAGAACAUUGUGUCUUUAACAUGGAGCAUCUUGUCUGCCUUAAAACAAAAAAAAAAAGUCAUAAGCAUAGGGCUUGUAAAAAAAUACUUUCCAAUGUAUUUUUUUUUUCCCCCAUCAAAAAAUGUUGAGUCCAUGGAAUUGAAGCAUUCUACAGGAAUCUCUCUAUUCCAUAAUAAGUUUGAAUGGAAACCAAGCAGACUGGCUCCUGAUGGUCUGGCCAGUGUGUUUCAAAAAGUCUAUUCCACAGAAAACUUUGUAUUUCCAACUGCUUGUUCUGAUUUGGAACAACAAAAAAAUUCAGAAUUGCAAGUUUCAUAGGACAGAACUUGUACAACUCUACUUGUCUUCAUAGCUACAUGGACCCUAUUCAAUUUUACAGUCUCAAUAUUAAAAAGUGGCUAAAUGGAAUUGUUUUAUAUGCCACAAUAUACCAAGUUUCAGACUGAUGUGAUGUCAAAUAGUCACCAAAAACAUUGCAACAUCCAGGUUUGUUGUACAUUUACAAAGCUUCAUUUCAGUGUCGGUACACAAAUGUGUAAAAAUGAACAGCAUAGGUAUACAGUGGCUCAUUGCAUUUUAACUGGUAUGUUAAGUACUUUGAGCAGGUAGUGAGCCUAUCAAACUAUCCUUCCCAUAUUACUGUAGCAUUGUUAGUUAUGCAUGGAGUAAACUCUUGAACCUAGAAUUAUGAUGUGUCAAUUGUGGAAAAGAAGAGAUAUUGGUUAAAUGUAUCUUUUUAUUCCAAAAAGGAAAAUUUAAACCAAAUUACUACUGAAGUCUCUAGGGAUAUAAACCACUGGCUUUAGUGGGAUCAGGAUUUGAAUAUCAAUGCACUAUAAAGGAACAAAAGUCCCAUUUCUCAAACUCUUAUGACCCGGCCUAGGUGACUCUUCACAGUAGUAAGCAUUCCUGAUAGUCAUUGUUCAAAGCUUCAGACCUCAAAUUCCUUCAAAUAAAAAUGUUCACAAUUUAGACCAGUUUUUUGGUUUACAGAGUAGUAUAAGAAUUUUAUUUUUCUGACUUUUAAGACGACACCUGAGCAUUACAUUUUUGUAGGAAAAAGGUACUGCUGCGUGAGUGAGUUGAAUGCACAAACAACAGUACCUUGAGAUUAGGAAGUGAAAAGAGAUUUGCUGAAAUUGUCAGUGUUGUCUAGCAACACAAAUCUGUUAGAUGAGCCAAAAUUCAGAUCCUCAUGUCCCACCGACUAGCACUGUUGAAGUUAAAGCUUCUCAUAAAAGUACGAAACGCAUAAUUUGGGGCUACAGUACAAAAUACCAUGCAUUAUUUCUGAGAGCAACAUGCACAUAUUGUAUAUAGGGUUCAGAUCUGCUUAGUGGUUUCACCCUUCUAGUUUUGAAGUCGCCAUGCUUGCCUCACAUUUUGUUUUUAAAUGUCUUUCACCAAUUAGAGGUUACAGCUAGUUUUUAAAAGUAUGGGGACAGUUGUAAAAUGUACCUUCUAUCACUAUGCUGGCAUCAUACUGAGCUUUUUAAUGCAGGUUAUGCAACAUGUCAUGGUACCAAUUAAACUGUCUGCCUGAAACUUCA